UGAAAUGCAUUUGGUUUCACAAAUCUGAUUAAAACAGACCCUGACAUGUUCAGACCAACUAUGUCCACUUGGUGGCAGCAAGGUACUUGCAGUGGUAUCAAUWUCCCAACUACCCAGAUUGAAGAAGAGGACUCGCUGAAGCACACAAUGCACUUCUGACAAGGGUAGUAUCGCCUAAAUCUUCAUAUCCUAUUUGUUUAAAAAUAUAAUAAGUCGUUGGAGAAUCGUGCUAUUUUGUGUGUAUUUGAAGACUGUGGUCAGGGUAGAUUUGGUUCGACCGGAAACGUCGGCAAAUAACUUCCCCCUACACAGUGCAUUAUUGUGUGGGCCGCUGACGGAGUUGUUCUGCCAGGGGCUUGGUCGACACCCUUAUCAAUGGAACUCCAGAUCGAGGCUUAAGUAGGGCCUUGAAUAAUUUCGUGUUUAAUGACUGUUAUGCGAAAACAAAUUGGUGUAGGAAGAGACACAUCGAUAACACACGGAUGGUGGGUGGCCAAACAGCGCCAUAUAACGUCAGUCUUGGUGUAAACAAAACCAUUUUUGUGGAUUAGUUAGGUCUUUUACGAUAAUUCAACCAUUCGUAUCGGGCCCAUCGUCAGACUGGAAAAAUUAUGUUAGCUAUCUUUACCCCCAGCUGCUGCAGGGUAGUUAUUGAUUUUGUACUAAUCAAUAUUUCAGACGGUUUUUAAAGAAUGCGUUUUACUCCAGUAACGUUGCCUACUCCGUGAUAACUAGCUACAUUGAGUUUGCAAUACACAUGCUAAUUAGCUACCCAAUGUUAGCAUAAUAAAGCACUUGAAUACAUAUAUCUAUGUAGCAUUAGCCUAGCUAGCAGCAAGCAAGUGGAUAUAAUUCUCAUGUAUUGCUAAAGUUAGCUUAGCUACAAAAACAGUUAACUGUCUAGCUGCUUAUAAUAAUUGUGUGGCUGCGCUAAAUUAGUUAGCUAAACAGUGAUAUAUGCUUUAAACUAGCAACACAUAUCUUACUCUGGUUAUUUUCCGUGGCAGGUAGCUAUCUAUCGAGCUAUUGUCCGUUUAGCUAGUUAGCAGUUAAGCUAUCAUUGGCUAAUGAGUGAUUUUAGCUAGCUCAUUUGUCAGCUCGUGCCAACAUUUUAAUUGGAACGAGAUGGGUUUGCUUUACAUUUCAGUAUUACAUCAGUAAAUGUAACAUUGCUAUAAAAUACACGUUUUUGGGGAAAAACCGCUAACUACGCAAGUUAGUUAGCUAGAGUUAGUGAUUUUGUUUACAUACGCAUAUUUGGUUUUUGUCUUGCCAGCUAGCUUUUGAGACUUAGAAUCAGCCAUGUCUUGACAAAAGCUUCCUGGGGUUACUCCUGCUGAACAGUAAUACCAACAAUUCUGGAAAUAAAGAUAACAUCUUAGUGCAUUGACAUGACAGUCAAAGUUCGCCGAGAGAAAGGCACAGAUGCCAUCCUGUCCGCAAAAGACGCUAAAUAAUAGACUACUAUUAACGCCAUUUUAAACAGGGGCUCAGUUGUGGGCCUGUGUUGGUGUUUCUUUUUGGUCUAAGGAAAGUGCCACCGUGCCGGAUUUUUACAAGUGCCUUUGGUCAGACUGUGACUGGUGCUGAUUUUUUGACAUGGAAGGUCCGAUUCGAAGUAGUGUGUUCAGACAGAGCCGACGCUCCCGUUCUCAACGAGACAGAGAGCGGCGCAGGAGAAGAGUAGACCUCGCUGUGCAGCGGGCCACAUCGCCCUCCUCGGGCUCGGAAAGGGAGAUUUGUGGAUCAGGAUCUGUACUCGGUCCUGGAGGUAAAGAAUGUCGAACCAGCCCCAGACACAGGCCUCCUCGACGGAGGAAGCGAGUGUCGGUGUCCUGCGAGGAGGACAUCAUCGAUGGCUUCUCAAUUGCCAGCUUCAUCAGCUUUGAGGCCCUGGAGAUGGACUGCUCCAUGAAGCCUAACCAACGUGCCGCCAUGCUCAUGGGAAGGGGGAGCAAGAGAAAGAGGGGCCCAAAGGAGAACGGCAGAGGGCUCGUCUCAGAGCCAGAGGAAGGGGCCCUACCCAGCUUCUCCCGCAGCUGUUGUAAUAGGAACAGAAAGAAGAGAAGAAAGACAGAGGUGAAGGUUGGGAGCAUCCUCUUCUUGGAGACUGGCUACAUUUGUGACACAGAGAGCGAGUCAGCAGAUAAGGCCUCUGACAAUGACUUGGAGCCAAUGUUCACUGUUAGCACCAGGAAAGUUAUGGAGCCUAUCCCUGUGAGUGUUGCCUCUUCUAUGGGCAACGGCUGCCCUCUACUACCACUACCAGGCCGCUGUGGCCUCUCGCGGCUGGCGGUCACCCCACGUGUCUCUGGCCUGGAGCGCAGCCAGGAGAGGAGCCUGGAGCCGCCUUACCCCGAGCCCCUGUCUACCUCCUUCUCCUGCCUGCCGUCCCUCUCCCCGGCCACGGUCACACGGCCCGGCCAGCUCAACGGCGGCAGCAGCAACGGCCUUCACCGCCCCCACCACGACCCCAGCCCGCCGCGCUCCAAACACAAGCCCUUCCUCACCUUCCCUGGGCGACACCCAUCCAUCUACAGCAUGGGCAUCAACAACAGGAACGGUACCUCAGUCAAACCACAAUCCUCUUCUGCUGCUUCUUCAUUGUCGUCUAUGCGACCCCCAACUCCCUCUACCGGUAUGUCGAUGUCCCUCAUGAGAGGUCCAGGGUCGUCAGGAUCUCUACGCCCCCCUUCGCGUUCCGGCUCCCUGUUCACCACCUCCCCUGGGCUUCCCCCUCCACCUCCUCUCCUCACAUCCCACUCAGGAGCAGAACAAGACCUGCUGCGCCAGGGCRUGAACUCUCACUUCCUGGCUUCGCAGGACCGCGAGGGCCGCCGGAGCGUCCCUGGGGCUGAGACAAACGGUGGCGGGCCAGGCCGCUCUACUCCCGGAGGUCCGUCGGGGGCCAGCUCCAGUUCGGGCUCCUCAGGCCGCUCCUCCCAGACCAGCGUCCAGCCCCUGGCCUUCCAGUUCCACCAGCACAACCACCAACACCAGCACACACAUACACACCAACACUUCACCCCCUUCCUGCACCCCAACGCCUCCGCACCACCGCCUCAGCACCUGUUUGAUAAGUAUGGCAAGAUGGAGGGGCUCUACAGAAACACUUUCUUCCCACAGUACCCUGCUCCCUCAGUGCCAGGCAUCCAGCCUGUGCUUCCUCCCACUGGGCCCUUCAGCUCUCUGCAAGGAGCCUUCCAGCCUAAGCCUCUUGCCCCCCAGAGAACGAGUCCUGAGAUGACCGCUCGACUGGGGGGUGUGCCUCACCACCUGCAGCCCAAAGACCCCAGGCUAACUGAUCCAUUUGGGACAUCGUUGAAAGUCAGUAAUAAACCAGGGAAGUGGUGUGCAAUGCAUGUACGUGUGGCAUGGAUGAUUCUGAGCCAUCAGAAGAAGGUGAAGCUGAUGCAGGCAGAUCCRCACAAGCUGGACUUCCGUAACGAGCUGCUGGCUCGUCUUCCAGSGGCCGGGGGUCUGGGCCCUCUGGGGCCCCUCGGAGGUGGCCUUCCAUCUGCCCACGACCUGAACCGACCUGCCAGCCUCUUCACAGCUGCUGGUGGAGUCAAUCCAUCAUCUCCUUUCAUCCCACCAUCAACGCCCCACUCAUCUUUCCUCACCCCAACUGCACACUUAGACCCGUACGGCCGCUCACCUCCGUUCGCACCUCUCGGAGCCCUGGGCUCUGGUGCCUUCGGGGGACUGGGCAGCCCUACACUGGCUAACAGCUCAGUGUUUGGCCACAAGGAGCCUCCUGCGGUCGGGGGCUUACCCAACCCUCAUGACCCAUGGAACCGGCUGCACAGUGGGCCUCCCCCAUUUGCCGGCCCCAGCUGGGCCAAGGGGAGUGAGAAGAGGGAUGAGCGGGACCCGGGGAAGGACAUGGAGAGGAGAGAGAUUAUUCACAUCAAAGACGAGAAAGACCGAGACAAUAUGCUAUAUGGUCGUCAACCUGUGCGGAUGUCUCCGGUCGCCCCGGCCCUCAAGCUCCAGCAGCAUCGCAGCAGCACCCCUGUCUCCCACAUCAACGGACAUGGGGGCCCCCUGGGAGGCCCCAGCGGUCUCACUGAGGAUCUGACACGCAGAGAUGGAGACAAAAGACUGCUCCUCUCAGUCUCCUCCAGGCCACCUCCUCUAGGCCCUUCAUCCUCAGCAGCUACAAUAGACAGAGACAGACCUCGCUCCUCCUCUUCCUCUGUGCUGACGACUCCUCCGCCCUCUGGACCCGGCGCCCCCUCCCCCUUGGAUCUGUACCCCCGUCAGCAGCCCGCAGCGCUGCACGGCCUCCACAGCGAACCCUCUCACUCAUCACAGAGAGAGGGAGGCCCCCAUGCCUCAUCCUGUUCCUCAGCCACGGUCACCUCUCUGUCCCAGGGCAAGAAGCCUGACCGGACCAACACCCCGGUGCCCAAGCCUCCCCCCCUCUUUCCCCCAGUCAAGGUCAAGGAGGAAAGGAAGGAGGAACCAGAGCUCGUGCCAAUCUCCUUGCCACCGCCUCUGCCCCCCAGCCACAACUACGAUCGGCCCAACAGCCGCCCUCACCACCACCGUUCCGCCACCCCCUCUUCUCGCUCUCUGACUCCCACACCCGGCUUGCCCCUGCCUCCUCCCACCCCGCACAACCCUCACCAUCACCUCUCCCUCCUGGAGCGCUCCCGAGCGCAGGCCGCCAUUGAGGCUUACCUGGGGAGCACACAAGGGGGUGGGGGGAUUGUAGUGGGUCCAGGGGGGGAGAGGUUCUCCACCCACCCCCAUGGCCCACCCCAGGGGCACGGCCAGCACCCCCACAGCUUCCAAUGGGACCCAUGGAGGGAGCUGGCUGCCCAACAACAGCAGCAGCAGCAACGCCGAGAGGCCAUGGCCCUGCGUUCGGACCCCCACCUGGCGCUGCGCUCCGACCCCCACCUUGCCCGGCUGCUCCAGGCCCAGCACGCCCAGCGCUUCCUGGAGGCCGAGAGGGCGGCAGCCUUGGCAGCAGCUGUGGCUGCCAACAACCCUCACCACCACCCUCCUACCUCUACCUCCUCGGUCCGCCAGGAGUUUGGCCUGAUGGCCCACCACUUUGACCGCCCUCCCCAGCUGGGGCCCCCAGGUGGCGGCCUAAUAGAUGAGCAGCAGCGCGCCCAGAUCCUAAGGGAAGACUUUGAAAGGGCACGCUACUUCGGGAUGCACGCUCACCCGCACCUCUCGGGCUCCCACCACCCACCGGGUUCUCACGCAGCCCACCUGGAGCAGCUGCACGCCGGGAUGCUCUCCCACUCACAUCUCCAUCAGCCUGGAGCCUCCAACUCCUCGCCCCACCACCCCGGCCUCUACUCCCGCCUGGGGCCUCUCCACACUCACCACGUGCCUAAUGGCAUCCUGGCCAAGACCCCUGCUGGCCUGGUGGGGGCACUGUCCGUAGGCGCCCCCCCUCCGCUCAUUCCAUCUGUGACAAGCAGGUCUUCCACCCCGACCCGUAGACUGGGUGGGCCGGGGGACUUGGCACUGUACAGCUCUCACAAAGAAGGCGAGUCCAGAUAGUACAGGAACACACCGGAGGAGUAGUAGGGAAAUGUCAGGAUUACUGUGCUGCUCUCACUGUUUCCUGUAAGAUGGAACACCUUUUAGGAACUACUACACACAGCUUACUCAGGCUCUAGACCAAUCACGGUCUCAACACCCCCAAAUGGUAUUGCUGGUUGAUUGGGUCGAAGGCGGUGAAGGGAAGGGAUACAGAGAUUUGUCAGGGUGACUCGGUACAUUUAUCCACAAUGGUUCUAUCAGUGCAAUUUUAAGGUACAUCCUGGUGUGUUAUUAUUUUAAGGUUUGUUUUUUCCAUAUGAGAGAUAUAUACAAUAAUGAUAGCUGUAUGAAGAGGCAGAGGCUUUUCCAAUUGAAUAUGAUCAGGUUUGACGCAAGCUUUUUCAGGUUGGGUAAGAUGAACUCCUAGAGAGAUGUGCAUAUUUUGUACAUGUGAAUGGUUCAUCCUCUCGUUCUAAGUAAUGAUCUAUAAAUCCCUCAUGUUGGGCUGUUUUCUGGAUGAGAGCUGAAGAAUUAUGGUAGAACAUAGCGCUGGGACGAUACCAAGGGGCAACAUUUUUCCAUGGCCAAAAUUAAAACACACAGCAGACCAAACUCUUUGGUCCGUUAAAAACCUGCCAUGUGUAAAAUAUUGUGUGCUAUAGCUUGGAGAUAAUUUUUUGACUCUGGAUAACAACAAUGUUUGUUUCUAACAUUUAGGGCUAUUUGUCUAAAGAAGUUUAAUCCGCUUCGUGUUUUGUUUUCUUGCCACGAUACUAACGAGUAUCAUGACACUGGUAUCGUCCUGGCCCUAGUAGUAUAUUUCUAUGGUUUUCUUUUUUUGUGUCCUCUGUUAUUGUGAAAAGACUGUAGAUUACCGAUGAAACUUCUGAAGAUUCUAAAUCGAUAAAGAACCAUACGCUUCUGUACUUCGGUUCUCCGCUCCUCCCAAAAAAUGACCCGCUCCCCUCAACUUCACCACUCCUCUGUGCUCUAUGAACCUCUGUUCCAGCUCUUGUAUUUAAAAUAAUGAUGUUAUGAACUGUGCGGCCACGGUGGACAAUGUCUAAAACUGAAACUUUCCCAUUCACCUUUCUGACUCGACAUUAUGAGCAGGACCAGUAGUCUAGUGAAAUUGCCUUUGUAAUUAUUAUUAUUAUUAUUGUUAACAUUAAUUAUCUUCUAUAAUGAUAAUAAAUAUAUUCACUGUUUUUUAUGUUAUUUGUCAGUGUUUUCAGGUAUCACGAAUGCACUCCCCUGUUAGUAACAAAUUAAAGUUGUUCCAGAUCAGGCAGUAAAAGUUUUUGUAUGACUGAGAAAGGAAAUGCUUGUGAACGUGAGUAAGACGCAACCAUAAAAACCUCUGGCCUCUUCAUGGAUCAGAUCUUUGAAUACACUGAGGGAGCUUUGUGUUUGUGUCACAUCACAUUUUGGACUAUGAACGCCUGCCGGCAAGUCAUUUUCACAGGGAUGUUCAAUGAACAGAUAAAUUAUGUACGUGGAAGAAUGGGACAUCUACUGGACGAUUGAGAACAUAAUUCGUAGACUUGUGCGUACUACACAUGACUGGACUGAGAGGAGGAAAAUACAUUUGGGUCGAUUAUUUUAAGACCAUUUUAUACCUUUCAAACCCCUUCUAGAGACCACAAAGAUGAAUUAUUAAAUGAAUUGUUGGUUA